AUGCAAGAUAACCAAAAUGUCGACGUGGUGGAACAAGAUGAAGACGAAGAAGAAUAUCCUAAGAUAUCAGAAUAUUGCUUCUCCGUUGAUAAUAGUGAACUAAUGCUUACUUUGCAGAAUUCAGGUGAGAAGGCAAGGUGGCCAAAAAAGAACGACAAGUCAAACUCCUUUAAGGAUAAAUACAAAUGGUGUAGACACCAUGAGGAUUUUGAGCAUUUAACAGAUGAAUGCAUUGCACUAAGGAGGGAGAUAUGCUACCUUCUCAGCAAGGGCCAUUUGAAAGAAUUGCUGGGCAGAAAGAAAUCAAGGACCCAGGAUCCUGGGAAUGUCCUAGAAAGGGCUAAUCCACCUCCAGCAGACGCCCAAAUGAUCAACUUCAUUUCUAGAGGAUCAGAUAUCUGUGGCACUUCUUUCUCGGCAGCUAAGAGACACACUAAUGAGACCAAAUUGGAGAAUGGUGACAGGCCCAUCAGGACUUCCACGUUGACGGAUCAAAAAAUAAUAUCCUUUGACAAGGAUGAUAAUGUCAACAUCCAGGAUCCUCACCAUGACGGUUUGGUUAUAACACUAUUUAUUGCUAACCAUUUUGUUCGCAGGAUUCUUAUAGACGGAGGGAGCUCUGUAAAUAUCAUACAGCUUAAUGUACUCAAGAAAAUGAAUAUUCCAGAGUCCGAGAUAAUACCAAGAUCCUCAGUACUUGUUGGGUUCAGUGGGAAAACCAAGAAUACAUUGGGGGACAUUAAACUACCGAUAUAUAUAGAGGGAGUUAACUCUAUCAAAAAUUUUUGUGUUAUUGACAGUUUGUCUUGUUGUAAUGUGAUUCUUGGCAGGCCCUGGAUCCAUGAGAUAAAGGUUGUUCCUUUAACAUAUCAUCAGUGUGUGAAGCCUCCAACUCUUGGGGAGUAG